AUGAACAUUUUUUCCUUUAUUUUUUUGUUCCUUUCGUUUUUCUCUCUUUUGCCUUACUUGGAGAAUGUUUUCAUUUUUCCUUUCUUUCUUUCCAUUAUUUCUUUCAUUCUUUCUUUUUUUCUUUCUUUCUUUCCUUUCUUUCUUUCUUUCAUUCUUUUUUUUCCUUUCUUUCUUUCCUUCAUUUCUUUCAUUCUUUCUUUUUCAUUUCUUUCUUUCCUUCAUUUCUUUCAUUCUUUCUUUCUUUAUUUCCUUUCUUUCUUUCAUUCCUUCUUUUUCUUUUCAUUAUUUUCUUCAUUUCUUUCAUUCUUUCUUUUUUCCUUUCUUUCUUUCUUUCCUUUAUUUCUUUCAUUCUUUCUUUUUCUUUUCAUCCUUUUCUUCAUUUCUUUCAUUCUUUCUUUUUUUUCUUACAUUCAUUUCUUUCAUUCUUUCUUUUUCCUUUCUUUCUUUCCUUUCUUUCUUUCAUUCUUUCUUUUUUCUUUCUUUCUUUCCUUCAUUUCUUUCAUUGAAUCUUUUUUUAUUUCUUCCUUUCAUUUAUUUCUUUGUUUUCUUUUUUUUUUUUUUUCUUUUUCCUUUAACUCAUUUGAAUUUUUUUUUUUCUUUCCUUUAAUUUUUUUGUUCAUUUCGUUUUUUUUUUUAUUUAUUGGGAAUUUUUUUUUGAUUUACUUCAUUUCUUUUUCAUUUUUUUUUUUUUUUUUUUUUCAUUUUUUUCAUUUUUCUUCAUUUUUUUUUUUUUCUUUCAUUUCUUUCAUUCUUUUUUUAUAUUUUUUUUUUUUAUUUAAUUAUAUUUUCAUUAUAUUUUUUUUUUUUUAUUAUUUUAUUUUUUUUUUCUUUCUUUCUUUUUUCUUAUUUCUUAUUUUUUUUCUUUUUUUUUUAUAUCUUUCAAUUUUCUUUCUUUUCUUUCCUUCAUUUUCUUUCUUUAAAUUUUUCUUUUUUUUUCCUUUACCUAUCAAAUGA